CUUACCAAGCCUUCUAUUUCGGAAACGGUCCGACACCAUCCCCUCGUUUGCGAAACUGUACACUUCGCAAGGUAAUUGCCGAUAAUUGUCGCACGCGUCAGCCGCAUUAUUACAAGUACGAGCUGUGCACGAGACCCGUACGGCGGGUGGUUUGUUGUUGGGUAACGCGUAGAUGUGCAAGUUGAAGAGGUCCUCGUGAUCCUCCUUAGUCCCGCGCGAAUGAGUCCCGCUUCUUGUGGAUGAUCGACGUUUCGAUAGUACAUGUCGCGAAGACGCGAUAAAAGUGGAUGUAGUAUCUCUUAAGGCGGCUUUUCCUUGCUAACUCUUCGCGAUAGCGACGUGAAAGAAGUGGUUUUUCGUUCAUCGACGUUUCGUUCACUCGGCGAAACAACUUGUGAUUCGCUUCCAAAAAUGUCUGUGACUUUCGCACAGCGCGGCAGGCCACCUCCGAAUACUGCUCAAAUACAAAAGAUGCUGGAUGAGAAUAGUCAACUCAUACAAACAAUACAAGAGUACCAGAACAAAGGCAAGGCGCAAGAAUGUAUACAAUAUCAACAGAUGUUGCAUCGCAACUUGGUGUAUUUAGCGACUAUCGCAGAUGCAAACCAAAAUAUUCAAGCCUUACUACCUCCACCUCAAGGUAUCCCCAAUGGUCCUCAGCACGCCAUGAUGAACCCUCAAGGGCUCCCAAGUGGUCCAGGAGGUACAACUGGCCCUGGAGGAGAUAUGCCUCCGAAUACACAGCCACCUAUGCCAAUGUCAACCUUUAAUCAAGGCCAACCGAUGGCACAAGGUACUUAUCGUGGACCUGUGAUGCCUGGACAAGGACCUACCAUUAAUCGUAUGUUCAUUUGUCAAAGGCCUCCGGCUGCUCCAGGUCCGCAGCAGUACAGAAGUCCGCAAGGAUACCCGCAACAGCCUUCUCAGCAAGGAUAUCCCGCUCAGUACACUAAUCAGAAUCCAGGAUCGAAUUAUCAAGGGCCGCAAGGAUCCGCGUACACUCCCGGCCAGCCCAACCAAUACGGACCCCCGAAUUCGUCUCAACAACAGGGAUACACCGCAGCGAGCCAGCCAAAUUACGGCCCUCCGACCACGGUGAACAGCUACGGCCCGCAGCCAGGCGGCUAUCCACCCCCGGGCACGACGCAGCCGCCUUCCGGAUACGGGCCGCCGCCGCCGAAUCAGCAGGGCUAUCCGCCGUCGAAUGCUUCGCAGCAGAAUUUCUCAUCAGGUAGUCAACAACAACAACCGGGACAGUACGGCAGCCCUAGUCCGCAACCGAAUUAUCAGCAGCCUCCGUCCCAAGCGCCACCUCAAAACGCGUAUGCCGCUGGGCAACCCGGAAGUUACCCCCCACCCUCCUCCCAGGCGUACGCGAACAAUGUCCCGCCGCAAAAUUAUCCACCGCCUCCGACAACCAGCGCGACUCAACCCCCUCAGCCCGGCUCGCAGCAGAACGCGGGCCCGCAGCCUAACUAUGUUAGCCAGCCGAGCCCGGGCCCCGGCGCGACGCAAUACGGCCCUGCGUCUACGUCUCCGCCAUUUAGCACCUCCUCCGCGAGCGGCGGUAAUACUUACGCCCAGAGCAGUCAGCCGACGAGCACGCCGUCCGCCUCGACGCAGACGUACCCGCCGAGUAGCGGCCCGCCGCCAACGUCGCAGGGUGGGAGCUACGCUCCCCCGGUACCGGCUCCCUCCGGUUAUCCCGUUCAUCAGACAUCCCAUCCGACGUCCCACCCGCCGCAUCCGCCGCCGCACCAGUCACCCCAUCAGCCGCCGCACCCCCCGCAUCAGCCACCCCAUCAACCGUCGCACCAGACGUCUCAUCAACCGACCUCACAUCAACCGCCCCAUCAGCCGCCGCAACAGUCUCAGCAACAGUCGCAAACAGCUCCGCAGACGCAACAGCAGCCGUCUCAGACUUCGGCCCCUAGCGGAUUCCAGCCGCCCUCCGGUCCCCCGCAGGGUCCCGCCCCGCCUCCCGGCCCUCAGCAGCAGCCUACGUAUGGACCCACUACGACGCAAACGUACGUUCCGCCGACACCAGGAGGACAACCACAGAUUUAUACUCCUCAUCCACCACAAGGAGGACAACACUAUGGACAUCCGCAGUAUCCUCCCCAAAGUUAUCCUCCACCGCCAGCAGGACAAGGAUAUCCGCAAUAUCCUCCGCGUCCACCGGGUGGACACAUGCCUCCGCCACCUGGACCGCAAGGACCACCCCCACCAAAUCAAUAUGGUGGUUAUGGUUAUCAACCACCCACACAAUAAAGUAUAGUAAUAUAAAUUCUUGCAUUAUUCACAUUAAUAUUAAUAGUUCGUUAGUUCUUCGUUAGUUUCUCUCUAUGAAAAUGAUUAUUUGAAGAUAAUUUUAUCUUGUUCCUUUUUUUUUUUUAUGCAUUGCCUAAAAUAGUACUAAAAGGCUUAGGACAAAAUUAUACAUAACCCGUGGAAGUUGCUGUAAAAGAAGACUCGAAUUUUUAUAGGAUUGAGUUUUGUUUUGUUUGUUUGUUUUUUUUUUUCUUGACAGCUUUUAAUAUUAACAUAUGUAUUUUAGUAUGUUAAUGCGUAGUAAUACAUAAUAUCGUAUUUUGCAUUAUAUACGUAUAUACUAGUUUGGUAGAUUACUUGGGGAUUGUUCUUUUUUUAUAUUACAUUAGUUGUAUUAUUAAAUUUCGGUGAAAUGAGUAUGCCAAAUAUCCAGAAUGGCUUUUAACUCCUACGGCAAAACUCGUAAUGCGUGAAGAACGUACGUACAAUAUAAAAAAAAAAAAUCGAUAAUUUAUUAUGUUUUUCUAGAUAAUAUAUCUUAUCUAGAGUCUUUGUCUGAUUUGUUUUAUAUAUUAUCCGUAUAUACACAUAUUAUAUAUAUAUAUAUAUAUUAAUAUACAUAUUUA